UGUUUUUUCGAGAUGAGAGAUGGAGAUUCACUUCUCUGCGUAAUAUUCUCGGUUCAGUUGUUCUGACAUAAUUUUAAAGCACUCGGACAAAAAGGGGGAAAUAACGAUCAAAUUUAUUUAGUGUUUCAAAGUCACGCUACAAAUUAUCCCGCGAACCCAAAACGACAUUCGACUUCCCUCAGAACUAUGAGUGAGAACAGUUCAUCUGAUCCUCCCAACAGCACUCAGGGGCCCACCACAGAUACAAAAGCCCCUCAGGAGAAACCGGCGGACAAAGCUGGGAAGAACCCUACGCAAGAACCUGAAGAAGAGAUCGACAUUGAUCUGGAUGCGCCAGAGACAGAAAAGGCAGCUUUGGCAAUACAGAGUCAGUUCAGACGCUUCCAGAAGAAAAAGAAGUAGAAAAGGGAAGAAUAAACAAAAGGGUCAGUGCAGAGGACAAAAACACCUUUCACAAUAUUCAAAAUGGAAAGAGAUUUAAUAAGGUAGAGACCAAGAAAAGGGAAAAGUCAAGUGUGGGUGGGAAAUUAGGGGUUUGGAAAACAAAUGAUAGCCCUGUGGCAUCAACAUGCUGGGUUGAUUAGAGUUUAGGACAUAAGAAUAGAGAAGGAUUUUCACUUUGAAAGACAUCGUGGAUUUUGUUCUCGUUGUAGCCUAUUUGUCUCUAUUCUUUCUUUCCUCUACUGUAGACAUAAAUAUAGGUAGGAACGUCAGUUACUGACAUGUGCAACACCCAUAUAUUAUUUAAUAUAUUCAGUAUAUCACUGAUGCAACAGUACAAAUGUAACUGAUAUAAACAUAAGAAUUCGAAAGACAGUAAAUGACCAAAUGUUGCACUGCACCUACGGUAAAACAUGUUGGUGUGAAUUAGCAUUAUAGAUAUGAAGUAGCUUAGGUGUAAAUGUGUUCUUAGAGGUAGAUCUAAAUUGUUUGUUUGUUUUUUCUUUUAAAAUAAAAAGGGUUUGAAAAAAUAAGGAAAUCUCUGUAACACCAUUUUUAUCAUUAGUUAAUUAACUUAUGGAAGCCCGUUUCCGUCCAUCACUGAAUAAAAAAGGUAAUUGCGACUUUUUCAAAAAUCUGAAACUUGUAAUUCAAAUUUUUUUCCCAGAGUUGUGAGUUUAUAUUUCAAAAUUGUGACUUUUUCUUAGAAUUGCGAGUUUCUCGCAACUCUCAUUUUAUAACACGCAAUUGUGAGAACAUCUCAGUCUUUUUACCCUUCAAAUUUGGACUCAGAAUUGCGACUUUUUACCUCACAAUUGUGAGUUUAUAUCUCGCAAUUUUGACUUUGUAACUCUCAACUGAGAGUUUAUAUCAUGCAAUUCUGAGAAAAAAGUCAGAAUUUAGAGAAAAAAGUCCUAAUUACGAGAUGCAAACUCACAUUUGCGGAAAAAAAAAGUCAGAAUUGCAACUUUUUAACUCGCAACUGUGCGUUUAUAUCAUGCAAUUCUGAGAAAAAUUUUGGAAUCGUGAGAUUAUCUCGCAAUUCUGACUUUAUAACCCGCAAUUGACAGCUUAUAUCACACUAUUCUGAAAAAAAAGUCAGAAUUGCAACUUUUUAACUUUUUAACAGUACAAAUUUACAUUUACGAAAAAAAGUCAGAAUUGCAACUUUUUAACUCGCAACUGUGAGUUUAUAUCAUGUAAUUCUGACUUUAUAACUCGCAACUGACAGCUUAUAUUAUACAAUUCUGAGAAAAAAGUCAGAAUUGCGAGAUACAAACUUGCAUUUGUGAAAAAAGUCAGAUUUGCAACUUUUUAAUUCACAAUUGUGAGUUUAUAUCAUGCAAUUCUGAGAAAAAAAUCAGAAUUGUGUUUAUAUCUCGCAAUUCUGACUUUAUAAUUCGCAGUUGAGAGUUUAUAUCACACGGUUUUGAGAAAAAGGUCAUAAUUGUGAGAAAAAAAGUCAGAAUUGCAACUUUUUAACUCACAAUUGUGAGUUUAUAUCAUGCAAUUCUGAUUAAAAAAAUCAGAAUUGUGUGUUUAUAUCUCGCAAUUCUGACUUUUAUAACUUGCAAUUGAGUUUAUAUCACACAAUUCUGAGAAAAAAGUCAGAAUUGCAUGAAAAAAGUCAGAAUUGCAAGAUACAUUUGCAUUUGUAAAAAAAAAAGGCAGAUUUGCAACUUUAAAAGUCAGAAUUGCUUUUUAGCUUGCAGUUGAGAGUUUAUAUCAUGCAAUUCUAUGUUUUUGUUAAUGUUUUUUAAUGCAUUAUUGUAAACCUUAUUGCAAGGUGUUACCGAAAUUUCUUUAUAUCAACGGCAGAAGAAUUAGCAAUAGCCAUAUCUUGCAUAUUUCUGCAUUAUGGACAGGGAUUUAAUCAAGACACCGUAUAAAAUUAAGUAGUUUGUUAUUUUUAAAUUCCUCCCUGUAUAACAUUUCUGUUCAGUUGUAUUUUACCAGCUGGUUGAAUUUAGCACAAGGUCACGUCAUACUCACCAAAAUUAGCAUAAUGCCUUUCAUUUUUGCUUCAAUGCCAUUAGUUACAGACGUGCAGUGAGAUGCUUGAAUUUUUGGGAACUGGUGACUCAAAUGAAGAUUAUCAAGGAAAGUGUAACAUUUUGAUCUAUUUUAAGUGUCUUUCUUUUUCUCCUUCCCCUAUAAUUAAAGCAGUCUCCACAGAUAUCUCAGAAUAGCUCAUAAUAAUGAGAGCAGUCUAUAGACACUCAUGAUGAUCUCACACUUAAUGGGACAAAUGAUGUCUGUAAUUGCAUUGCGACAGGUGUGAUGAAAAUGUCAUCUGUGUUUGAUCGUUUUCAAAUAGUCACUGGAAAUGCAAUAAUUGAAUACAUCUGUUAUUAUUCUGUACAUUUUAUAUAAAGUAUGACACAUUUUACUGUU